UGGCAUCCUACGGAGAGUUGAACAGUCGGUAUAGGUGUACUUAUUUUGAAGGCAUUCCUUCAAUUGUAGAUUCGUAUAGUACUGACAAGGGUUUAAGUCCGAAAUCGGACGAGGUCAACAGAGCAACAAAGAGCAGUGCUUUACCAGGGAAUUCGAGAUGGGGGAAGGAAAGCAGCAAAUUGUGGCAGUUCAAUUCCCUACCCAGAACCCUAUUGAGCAGUUUCAGGCUAAGUUCAAGGAAAUCCAGGACAUAUGUAAGUGUUGGCUAGCCAAGCAAUCCUUACCGGUUGAAGCCGCAGUCGUCACCGCCACCAGCGCCGUCCAAGGUGCUUUUCUCGGCUCUCUUCUCGGCACAUUCUCGGCGGACCUCUCUAGCUCCAUGCCCACCCCUCAUCCCGGACUCAGCAUGGAUCCUAAAGCCACAAACGCACUUAAACAAGCUCAGGCACUCUCAGGUGGCCCCUUGAUCCAAGCCAGAAACUUUGCAGUUAUGACAGGGGUAAAUGCAGGAAUUUCUUGCGUCAUGAAACGAUUGAGAGGCAAAGAAGAUAUCGAGUCAAGUAUGGUGGCUGCAUUUGGUUCUGGAGUGAUGUUUUCUUUAGUAAGUGGUGUGAGUGGUGGCCAGAAUCCCCUAGUUGGUGCUUUACAAAAUGGCUUUUUCUUUGCAGUUGUCCAAGGUGCACUUUUCAAGGUAGGACAAAACUUUUCAAAGCCACCUGUAGAAGAUAUUUACUAUACCAAGACUAGAUCACUGUUGUCUAGCAUUGGACUCGAGAAAUACGAGAAAAACUUCAAGAAGGGUUUGCUGACGGACGUCACUCUACCUUUACUCAACGAAAGUGCGCUUCGGGAUGUGAAUAUUCCUCCAGGACCAAGGCUUCUUAUUCUCGACCAAAUACAGAGGGAUCAGAAUCUUAAAGAGAAAAAAAGAUUCAGCUAGUGAGUGAUGGCGUACUUUUCUAAUGAACGACCUUGAGUUUGUAUUAUUGUAUUACUUCUAUUCAUUAUUUAUGUCUGAAGAUCGCAGGCACUUUUGUAAUGGUUCAUUUCACAAUGCCCGGAUGGCCGGAUCCCUUCUCAGUUCUGCAAGACUUUUUCCAGACUUUUUCCUUCAUUUAAUAAUGCUGGCGUUUUUUCUAUUCCAAAUAUUUCUUUCAUGCUCGACAUAUGCUUUCAAUCUUUCUUUCGUGUAUGCUUUGAAGAAAUUGGGCACAUCUUAGUGUAGGUAUGGAUGGACUGGCGGCCUAGCACGGUGCAGGCCCGACCCGGCUCGGUGAGCCGGGACUGGGGCCCGAACCGGCAGACUCAACAAGUGGACUACAGGAUCCAAAAAAUGGUGGACCAGCCGUGCCGGGUCUGGGCCCAAUUCAUAUAAUAAAGACUCUUACUCAAUGUCAUAUAAUAUGAAAUGUCGGGAAUUCUAAAGUCGAGGAUCAAAAGUUUGUC